AUGCUUGCACAAAGACAUCCUGAUUUUAUUAUGAUAAACCAGAAUUUUUUGGCUGACCAAACAUUUUCAUUACUUACUUCUCUUUGUCAAUCAAUGGUUUUAUUAGUCAAGGCCCAUCAUGAAUAUUAUUCUCAAAUACCUUUAAUUCCUUGGAUGCAUGAAAAUUUACAUGACAAUGAUGAAAGUGAACUAUCUGACGACUGUGAAAUUGAUUUAUCCACAGCAAUUAACAAAGCCUCUUCCGAAAUACAAAAAAUUAAUGAACAAUUAGAAGAAAACCUUGAAAAUGAAGAGAAAUUUAAUGACUUUAACAAUGAAUUCAAAUAUUUUAUUAAUAAUGAUUUGAAUUUUGAAUCACUAAUUAAUCAAAGAAAAUUACAUGAAGCAUAUUGCUCAAAACCUCUUGAAAGAAGAUUCAAGCCUGUAGGAUCAAAUUUAAAUUCAUCUAACAAUAUUUCUAUUCAACCAAAUAAAGCAAGAAAAAGAUGGAAAGAUAAUAGAAAAAAUCUGGCUCUUACACUUGCACAAUUACAUAUGGAAGAAUUAGAAAAAUCAAGAAAGAAAAAAAUGAUCAAUAAAAGAAAAGCUCAUAUUAGUACAAUUCAAAUUCCAAAUAUUGAGGAUGUAAACAUAACUCGUGAAUUUCCGUUGGUAAAGGGUCAUUAUGUGUUUGUAAGAUAUGGUGAUAAAAUGUGCAUAGGACAUGUUAUAUCAGUUUAUUUUGAAGCAUAUGGAAAGCAUUGUUAUACAGAUGAACCAGUUGAAGCUAUUAAUGAUAUUUCCUAUAUUUCAUUACAUGUAUAUAUCCCAUUCAUUUUAAUGUUAUUAGUGAUUUAGUUAAAGAAGGGUGUAAUAUUUUAACACAUCAUAUACCAUCAAACAUAGUUUAUCAUAUUUCAGAAACAAAAGUUUUAAUUGAUAGUAAUAUGCUAAAGUUAGUAGGGGACGAAAAGAAAUAUUAUGAUGAAUAUUUUGGUCGGGAUGAUAUUAUUGAAAAAAUGAAGAAAUAUUAAAUUGUUA